AAGGAGCAUACAUAGGAAAAGCCUUCAUCUGAAUAAAACCCAAAAUUCAAAUUGAAUCAACCCUUAUAUUAUAUUAUCACCAUGUACAAAAUGCAUAACGUUUUGUGCUUCUUACUCUUAAUUACUGUCACUAUUUUGGGCGUUUGGACUUCUCCAGCUUCGACUCGAGCCCUCAUUGAUAAUCAUACUCAAACCAUUUCAGAAAGGCAUGAAGCAUGGAUGUCUGAACAUGGCAAAGUUUAUGUCGAUGAAGCGGAGAAGGCUAAACGCUUCCGGAUUUUCAAAGAAAACGUGGAACGGAUCGAGGUGUUUAAUUUUCAUAGUGAACACAAUACUUAUAAGCUAGCUGUGAAUCAAUUUGCGGACUUAACUGCCGAUGAAUUUCGUGCCAUACGAAAUGGUUAUAAGGAACCCAAUCCGUUGUCUACCUCAAAUGAAGCUACAUCUUUUAAGUAUACAAAUGUUAGUGCAAUUCCACCAAGUAUUGAUUGGAGAACCAAAGGCGCUGUUACUCCCAUCAAGGAACAAGGACCUUGUGGGUGUUGCUGGGCAUUUUCAGCCAUUGGAGCAACCGAAGGCAUAACCCAAAUCAAAACCGGCAAAUUAGUCCCUCUUUCUGAGCAACAACUAGUCGAUUGUGACGUCAAGGGAUUGAACCGUGGUUGUAAUGGUGGGUACAUGGAUGAAGCAUUCAAAUACAUCAUUCAGAACAAAGGCAUCAACUCGCAAUUAAGUUACCCUUACACCGGAAAAGGCGCCCCGUGCAAUGCCCAGAAAUCAACCGUGGCCGCGGCCAAGAUCACCGGGUUCCAGAAAGUUCCGGCCAACAACGAGACGGCGUUGUUGCAAGCCGUGGCUAGCCAGCCUGUCUCGGUUGGGGUCGACGCCUCCCAUUUUCAGUUCUAUGCAAGCGGCAUUUUUAAUGGUCCGUGUGGGACCAAGCUCGAUCACGGUGUUACAGCGGUUGGUUUUGGGGUGGAACCCAAUGGCGCGAAAUAUUGGUUGCUUAAGAAUUCGUGGGGACCAAAUUGGGGUGAAAAAGGAUAUAUAAGGAUCAAAAGAGAGGUUCCAGCAAAAGAAGGCCACUGUGGUAUUGCCAUGGCUGCUUCUUAUCCUGUGAUUGAGAAAACAGUCUAAUGACUAGGUGCUAUUUGUGUGCUAUCUUUCUCUAUACUUAACAAAAAUGUAUAGCUUGCAGAUAAAAGCAAGCUUUCUAAGGUCAUUGUUAUAUGGGAUUUGGAUACAUGAUAUCAAGUGAUGAUAUGUAAUUAUAAAAGAAAAUGAAGAUAUGUAAAAGUCGUAUUGCGUAUGAAAUGUAAUGCAAUAUGAAAUUAUCAAUUAAUGGUUUCAUUAUAGAUGUAUUUGAAUCUUCAUCUGCGACUCGGAUCCAGCAGUUCAUGCAUGUUGAUCAAUUCGGGGUCAUUAAUUACUUUUUUUGGGAAGAAACACGAGUACUAACAUUUGAGAAUAAAUAUGCAAGGUGUUUAUAAGUUGAUCAACAAUAUUAAGUGUGAAAUGAUAUUGAGAUUGAAUUAUGAAUUUUGUAACAUUAAUGAACAUAUCAACUUGUUACAAUUUAUUUAUGGGUAAAGCUCCGGUCUUGUUAGCAAUUUUGAGGACAUCGUCCCAUCAUCUAAUUAAUAAUCGUUAGAUUCAUAUAAAUCAA